CUGGCGCGAGUCGGCGCUGGGCCAUCGGGAGGGCGCCCUGCGGGAGAGGAAGGGCCGAGCCCAGAGUGCUUUGCGGUCACAUGGAUAUGCAAUAUGGAGUCAGUCACCUUUGAUAACUUCACCUGGGAAAGAGAGAGCCUUCUUUCUUAUUAAAAGGCCGUAAGGAAAACAACCAAAGGAAUCGUGCCAGAUGCCAACGCUACAUCGUUUUCAAACCAUCAAGACCAAUGGCUUGAACUUUAAAGAAAAUUUGUUCAUCAACAUUAUUUUUAGCAGUUUAAGAAAAUACCUUUUGCAUCUUAAGCUAUACAAAUCUCUUUUAAAUGUAACACAUAAAAAUCUUUAAGGCCUUGUUCAAAAUAGCCUUCUUUUUUCGUUUUCAGAACUUAACGUUCAUGUGCCCUGUUUCAGUUGACAAAGUCCUCACAGUAUUCGGCAGCAGGAAAGCUAUGGGUGCGGACGCUCAUGGUAUUGUCAUAGACUGCAGUACAUUUCAGUGGACACGUCAAGAUAGCACCCGUUUCAUCAAAACAUCACACGAGCUUCCCGUUCUCAGCUUUAAUGCCCACAGAGCCGCUUGAACAUGGCGUGGGUGAAGUUCCUGCGGAAGCCGGGCGGCAACCUGGGGAAGGCGUACCAGCCGGGGAGCAUGCUGUCGCUGGCGCCCACCAAGGGCCUGCUCAACGCGCCGGGCCAGAACAGCUGCUUCCUCAACAGCGCCGUGCAGGUGCUGUGGCAGCUGGACAUCUUCCGGAGAAGCUUGCGGGCCCUGACGGGGCACGUCUGCCAGGGAGAGGCCUGCAUAUUCUGUGCGCUGAAGACCAUGUUUGCUCAGUUUCAACACAGCCGGGAAAAGGCCCUCCCGUCGGACAACGUGCGGCGUGCCCUGGCCGAGAGCUUCCGGGACGAGCAGCGGUUCCAGCUGGGCCUCAUGGACGACGCUGCCGAGUGCUUUGAAAAUAUCUUGGAGCGGAUCCACUUCCACAUCGUGCCCAGCCGGGACGCGGACAUGUGCAUCUCCAAGUGCUGCGUCGCGCACCAGAAGUUCGCCAUGACGCUGUACGAGCAGUGCGUGUGUCGUAGCUGUGGGGCCUCAUCAGACCCUCUGCCUUUCACAGAAUUCGUGCGGUACAUUUCGACGACAGCCCUGUGCAACGAAGUUGGAAGAAUGACGGACAGGCAUGAGCGUGUGAAGCCCGAAAUGUUUGCGGAAUUGUUGCAAGCAGCGAAUACGACGGAUGACUAUCGGAAGUGCCCCAGUAACUGUGGCCAGAAAAUAAAGAUCCGCCGUGUCCUGAUGAACUGCCCGGAGAUCGUCACCAUCGGCCUGGUCUGGGACUCCGAGCACUCGGACCUGACCAGCGACGUGGUUCGGAGUCUGGCAACCCAUCUCUCUCUUCCCGGGCUUUUUUAUAGGGUUACUGAUGAAAAUGCCAAAAACAGUGAACUUCACCUUGUUGGUCUGAUAUGCUACACCAGCCGGCACUACUGUGCCUUCACAUUUCACACCAAGAGUUCCAAGUGGGUGUUUUUCGAUGACGCAAAUGUGAAAGAGGUGGGAACGAGGUGGAAGGACGUGGUCUCCAAGUGCCUCCGGUGCCACUUCCAGCCCCUGCUGCUGUUUUACGCCAACCCCGACGGCACGGCGGUUUCCACCGAAGACGCACUCAGGCAGGUCGUCAGCUGGCCGCAUCAGAAACCCGGGCCGGAAAAUAUGGGAUCCGAAAAGCCCUCGAUUUAUAAGUCAGAUAAUUCCAAAGAGAAUGGAUUUGGUGGUCAGGCCAAACAGAGAGAAAAUCAGAAAUUUCAAACAGAUGACAUUUCAUCCUUCAGUCGGAGCCACAUCCAGGCGAGCGGUGGCAGAGGAGCUGCGAGGCCAGGUCCCAGCGACCCCCGGGAGAAGAUGAAGGGCCUCUCCAGGGAGUGUGCCCUCAAGGCGCUGGAGCAGAGGCACCUCCUGUGCGCGCCGAGGAGAGACGCGGGUCGGCACAGAGAUGUGCUGGAUGAAGACCUUCCACGUGUCAAGCCUGGAUCACCUCCUGCCCCGAACGGCUUCCGACAAUACGGCAGUCGCCCCGCGUCCCCCAGUCAGGGGAGGGGGCCGUGCGGACAGGACCCACCCACCCAGAGCCGGGCGUCUGCGCAGGUCCCGAGUGUGGGGAGGCCCCAGGCUCCUGGUCCAGGGGAGCAGACCUCCGUGGCCGGCCGGGUGCAGGGCGACAGCGGCCCCGGGUAUGAGACAGACAGCAGCCUCGACUCUCGGGGUAAAGGCAGCAGCCGCAACAGCAGCAGCAGGAGCCGGAGCCGAGGCUGGAAACCCAUGAGAGAAACACUAAAUGUCGACAGCGUCUUCAGCGAGAGUGAGAAAAGGCAGCACAGUCCACGGCACAAAGCCAGCGUCGGUCACAAACCCAGGUGUGGCAGAGACCAGAGUGUCAGCAGCUGGCCCAGGGAGCCGCCCCAGCAGAAGUGCUUGAUGACCAUCUACGAGGACGAAGUGCGGCAGGAGCUGGGCAGCAGGAGUGCCCUCGAAGGCCCGGGGAAAGGCGCAGAGAACGCGGAAGGCCUCUCAGAGACGGGCGUCCCUGCUGACGCGUGGCAGGGGCAGAGGACCGAGUCCGGCUACGAGAGCAGCGACCACGUCAGCAGCGGCUCCGCCAGCCUGGACUCGCCGGGGGUGGACGGCGCUGGGGCCGCGGAGCCCAGUGACCAGAGUAAGAUAAGCAACCGAAAUACAGAACGUGUGAACGGCACCUCCCAACAGAGUAAAAACCACCCAGAAGGCUGUAGAAAAGAAUUCAAGAACUUGGAAGUAGGCUGUAAGUCUCAUGACCCAGAAUCACAUCCACAAAUAAAAAACCCUGUGAUAAAAAGGUCCCGCGGACGCGACCCCAGCGGGAAGUUGCUCCCUGCAUCGGGUCCACACGUCCUCCGGGACCUCAUAGCCAGUGAGCACACCCCGGCGGGGGAACAGAAGCUUGAACACGCCAGCGAGUGCCCGUUUCCCGCGCGGCCAGGUGGAGGCAGUUCCGAGGGGACAGGUUUACUGUCUCACACUGAUGCCAAUCCUGCUUCUGGAAUGAGAGCGAACAGUGAUGACGUCUCACCAGCCUCGGUGUGGCCCGUGCCCGGGAGAGCUGCGGGGCUCGCGCCCGGCACUGCCCCCCUUGCCUGGCAGUGCACUGCCACGGACCCGUGUUACCCAGAGACCUCCCCACCCAGGGGGCGCGGGGCUCCGUCCACUCACAGAGUCGAUGGUUGUCAGGUGCCAAAACUCAUUUGCCAGAAUCCACCACCCCCUUUGCCACCAAAAAGGUAUGCUGUGACCGGCGUGCCACAGCCCGGGAAAAACGGCCCUGUGCCGGCCGCCAGGCUCCCAGAGGCGCCCAGAGCUCGCUCGGCGGGUCCUCCGCCACUUAGCGCGGGGACAGCGGCAGAACCGGGCACCGCAGUGAGCGCCCCUUCCAGGGACCAAAGGCUCAAGCAGACGGUCCAAGCGAGAGAGCGCGUGGGCGCCCCCCGGAACCACCCGACCAGCUCGGCCAGUGGUGCCCAGGCAGGCCUGGGUGCAGGUGUCGCUGCAUCGUGCCAACCGGAAGCAGACUGGAGUCCGGCCUGUCCCAGGGAGACCGUCUCCCUCACCACCUACUUUUCAGUCGAUAGCUGCAUGACUGACACGUACAGGCUGAAAUACCAUCAGAGGCCCAAGCUCUGCUUCCCAGAGAGCUCCGGCUGCUGCGGCGACAACUCGGCACCUCGGGGCGAAAGAGGCCCGGCACCGGGACCUGCGCUGCCCGACGGUCUCGGGGCCAGCUGCCCUCCUGAGCAAAGACACAAACCCAGUGUCCAUAGUAACAGAUGAACCAUGACACCGCAGCCUCACGCUCAGAGCCAUUACAGCACGAGGGAGAUCGACGGACCGAACUUAGUGAACAAUGAAAUUAAAGCCGUGGUGUUUCAAAGUCAUUCGUCACUUUAACUUUCUCUUGUACGUUGUACCUUGAGACAAUCAACUUAUUGGAUGUUUUAGAAAUCCCGUUGAGACAUCUUGGCUUGCCUCGAAAAAUAGACAAUCAGGGAUGUUCAAAAAGUCACGUAUUCUAUGGUGUGGUUGAAUAAAAAUGGAGUCUGUCCCUUGGUUUUGUGGUUGGUAGAACCCCGAGUGUGAGAGUAGUCAGACCUCAUGUGUGGAGAUGGCUACACUGUGCUAACUGAACGGUGCCAGGGGAUGUGUAGUCGGUAGGCAAAGCCGGCUGGGCUUUCUGAACAAGCACUUUCUCGUGGGGCCAAAGGACACUUCGCCUUCCCGUGGGUUCCGACUUCUGGGAUAGUCGGCUACGUAUGACCUCUCCAUGUCUUAGAAAAUACCGACCCAUGAAAUUGAUAGCAUUUGGUUUGGGAAAAGCCUUAAUGAUAAAGAUAUUUUUAAAAUAUAUAUAUUUUUUAUUGAUUUCAGAGAGGAAGAGAGAGGUAAAUAGAAAUAGAAACAUCAUGAUGAGAGAGGAUCAUUGAUCGGCUGCCUCCUGCACGCCCCACACUGGGGAUUGAGCCUGCAACCCGGGCACGUGCCCUGACUGGGAAUCAAACCAUGACCUCCUGGUUCAUACGUCGAUGCUCAACCACUGAGCCACACUGCUGGGCAAUAAAGAAAAUUUUAAAUUCAAUACUCAAGGUCAAAACAGGAGAAACUCAAUUUUGCUCCUAGAACUUUCACCUUCAGAAUGCCUAGUUAACAUCAGUUUGGCCUUUGACUGUUGUAUGUAUCAAUAAACAAUACUUCAGCCAGGUAAGCUAAAAAUAAUAAAGUACUUAGCUUUAGUAUAUUUAUUUAUCGUUACUUUUUUAAACUUUUGUAUGAAAUGUGAACGGUUUUAAUGGUUUGGUUUACUGUGGGCUGCUAGUAACCAGUGUUGGAAAUUGACCUAGUGCCCUCCUGGGAACCUCACUGUGACCGCCCGAUUUCCCUGCCGUCAUCUCUUCUGUCUCUAGGAUGGCAACCUAUUUUGUUGGUUUUCUGAUUCUUGUAUCUGAAAAUCUUUCUGGGUUUCCAGAUAAAAUUGUUGCCUUUGAUUUAGAGGGUUUAAUUUGAAUGAAAUGUCGUUUUACCCUAACUACAUUCAUGGAGAGGGCUCUAUUUUUAAAUAAAAUAAAGGAAUCUUCCAUUAUCACAAUGAGCUCACAAGUGUGUGAGUUACUUUAAUUUUAAUUGUCUAUUACUUUACUUUAGUAGUUGUCAUUUUGUACUAACUGAGGAACCUAACUGGCUCAGCUGAGUUUCCCAUUGUCCACUCCAGAGAACGACACACCGAAAGCUUUUCCUGCCUUUGCCGAUGGUAAAGUUUAUAGGUAGAACAUAGUCACUCUACAAACUGAUUAGUAUAUUUAAUACUUUGACCAAUUCCAUAAAUUAAAGUAUUCCAAAGUGUAAAUGACUAACAAUACUUCCAAAUAGGAAGUAAUUGCUUAUAAAAGUCUAAUUUACCCAGUUGUCAAAUCUUACAGUUGUCUUUCACCAAGAAGGGUUUUAAUAGCCUUUUCUAACCAUGAUAGUGAUUAUCACCUUCUCUUCAUUUAGAAAUACUUGAAUAUCAACUGAAUUAAAUUUUAUCUUUUAAGAAAGCUUAUUUUAACAUGACUUUGAGUAUGGAGCAUUUGUAAAUAUUGUAAACUUUGUAAAAUUGUAUUUGAAAUGUCAGUGUAUAUAAAUACUGCUUUUAUAACAUUGUAAAAUACUAGAAAACGGGCUUCAAGUAUUUUUAAUAGCUUUCAAAAACCUUUUGUGUAGGUUUUUAUUCUACUGGUCAAGAUGUUCAGUUGAGAUGUAUUAUUUGAAAUAGUUAAAGCAAUUUCUGAUAUUUAACAGCAAUCUCAUAGAUUUGAAUUUACACUCACAAUUGUUUGGGCUCCUGUUUAAGGGCUGUCCAGUUGAAACAUCCCAAGUCAUGUAACAGCUCGCACAGGCUAGAAAUGACCGUUCGUCUUUAUGUGAUCCAACACUCCAAAUACAGUUUGAGUGCUUUUUUAGUAACUAAUAAUUCACAUGUAAAAUUUUUAUUUUUAGGGUGCCUAUUAUUUUUAUAGGUGUCUUCCACUUAUAAACUUACUAUGGUAACUUUUGAAAUAAUGCAACCAAUUGUAAUGUUCAAAAUACUUGUCUUCCAGAUGUUCUAUUUUCAUGUGAAAUGAGUUUUCCCAGUUCAAAAUUUUGGGUUUUUUUUUAAGAUAAGCUGAUCUUGAAGUUGAUACGGUUGGACCUUUCUUUGCAUUCGUGAACAUUCCCCCCCGCCCCCCAUGUGGAUUAUGUAUUUUAUGCGAAAUAUGUCAGUUUAAAGUUCAGGAACUUGGACUAUCACUGACCAUCAAGUGUUAUCACAGCCUGAAGCAGCCCCACAGGAGCUGGCGGCCUCGGUGAGGAGCCAGGCGGUACUCCAGGCCUGUGGACACGGUCUGUGCAGCAGACACUCCUCAGCUCCGCCCGAGCCGUGGGGAAGCAGGCGUGUGCCAGGGAAACGUGGACGUUGACACUUGAAACGUCAUACAAUUUUUACUUGUCAGGAAAUAAUCAAUUCUCUCCCGACAUUUUCUCAGCUCACAGGCCUUACAAAGAGAGGCGGUGGGCCGGCUGUGGUCCAUGGGCCAGUUUCAUGACCCUUGUCCUGGAGCAUUAUCCACAUUGGAUGCCCUACUACCCUCAACUCCCUGUGGGCUGAGUGAGUCUGUGCAGUUAGGGGCUGGGUACAGGCAGCACUGCACAUCCUAACGCUUUCAGGCUAACAGCCUUCCUCACAAUUGCUCAUCAGCCAGUUCAUUUCAAAUGGUUGUGAAGACAAUCGUUUUACUUUGAAGCUUGUGAAAUUUACCAGAUUAAAAUCAUAUUGCUGUUA